GAUGCUGCGAAGCGUCGCGGUCAGUCGGUCUGUAUCUCCCGGACUCUCACCAUGUCUCCCCGCCCUCUAGCCCCCUUGGACAACAACUCCGACAUGAGGAUGAGGUGUGCUGCAAACAUGUCGGGGGUGGACCCUAGGUUCCGGAUACAGACGGAGCCGCUGGACCAGGAGGGACAGAGGGUAGCGGAACUACAGCUGCGCGAGACCCCGGCCAGGGUGCGCGAGGCUACAGAGCAGCUCAGGAGUCUGAUGAGAGAGGAAGGCAACCUGAAUUUCAGAGACGACGAUGAAAUUCUCCUCAUCUUCCUCAGGCCGACCAAGUUUUAUCCUGAAAGUGCGCUUGCUUUGAUGAAGAGGGUGGCGCAGUUCAAGGAGAAGAACUCAAACAUUCUGUCCGAACUCUCGUCGUCCUCCGAGAGGGAAGCUCUACAGAAGUCUAGGGUAGUGAACGUCCUGACUGACCGAGACCAUCUGGGGAGGAGGAUACUGGUGGCCAACGUAGGAGCUGCCUGGGACACGAACAUCCUGAGCUCCGACGCGCUGUUCCGUCUGUUCUACAUGAUCCAUCUGGCAGCCAUCUUGGAGCCCGAGACACAAGUUCGAGGGGUCGUAGUCAUCUUGGACUUUGAGAACUUGGGGAUGAAGCAGAUUGCAGCGAUGAGCCCAUCAUUCUCAUACAACCUGCUGACUUUCAUACAGGAAGCGAUGCCAUUGCGUCUAAAAGAGGUGCACAUCGUGAAGGAACCAUUCUUGUUCAAAGUUGUCUGGAAGCUCUUCAAGCCUUUGGUGAAAGAGAAGCUAAGAAAUAGAUUGUACAUGCACGGGUCCAAGAUGGCGUCACUUCACAAGCACCUGGAACCCAAGUGUCUGCCAGAGAACUAUGGCGGAACUCUGCCAAUGAUUGACUACAGCAGUGCGGACUGGUAUCCUGCAUUGGUUGCCAUCGAACCACAUCUCAGAGAAUGGAACUCAUUUGGAUACAGGAGAAACUAAACUGCCAGAUCACAUAAAUCGUCCUAAUGGAUCAACCUUCAAAAGAAUAUUUAUAAUACUACUCAGAAACAUAUUGUGAUAAUGGUUUGUGAUCUCUCAAAAAACUAACUAUAGUAUUUACGCCUAUGAUUGUUAAUUUUUAUAAUUACUGUAAUUUGGUAAUUGAUAAUAUUUUUAAAGAAAAGGCAUUAUUAUUCCGUUGAUGUCCGUAUUAUUAUAGUGGAGGGGAGAAGAUCUGUAAUGAAAUAGUCAAACAUAAAUUCUUUGUAAAAUUAUAGUCUUAGACUUAGUUGAUUUUUGAGUGGGUUUGACACCUCGCUUUUCAUUGCAUUUAUUGUUGAUUUAGAAUUAAGAAAAUUGCUUGUUUUAUUCAAUUUAUGAUUGAUUUAUACCAACUACUGUUGUGAGAAUAAUUAAUUUUAGUAUUUUUAUAAGGUUUAAGAUAAAGAUAAGUGUAAAUAUAUUUAUAUACUUAGUUGUGUUGAAAAUGCAUUUAAAGUUUUAGUAGAUAUUAGUAACAUUAAAUUUGAUUUUAGAUUUAUCUAUUUAGAUCAAUUUGACUUAGACUUUUUUAAAUUUUCUUUUUAAUAUUUCAACAAUUUUAAGACAUUGUAGCUUUCAUUAACACCUUAUUGUUCCUUUUAUAGUUUGAUAAUCUCGUUGCAUGUGACAUUUCGAAUUUACAAUGUGAUACUUGGUGUUUUAUAUGUAAGAGAUUAGUUUUAUACUAUUUGUACUCAGUCAAUGUAAAACAAUAAAAAUAAAAUGCACUUAACUACAAAAAUUUAUUUAA